UCAGAGUCCUCGCAGCCAGCGAUGGAGGCGAGACCCCCCAGUAACAGAGGCGGCGGCGGUGACGGCGGCGGCUCCUGGGUUUCAGCCUCUUCCCGGCUGCGUCUCUAAGAAGCGUAGCCGAAUUCGACCUCACUCAACCCACUUACUUACUCCCUCCCCAGGGCCGUAGCUCCCACCUGAAGCCAGUUAUUGGAAUCUGUGAGGAAUGGUCCUCUGAUCUAUAUCAAAACUAUGAGGAUUGUAAAACAAUGUGGGGAAAUAUUUCCAAUGGCAAGUGAAGAACAAGAAUUAACUUGGAUGUACUUCAACAUUACGUUUGUAAGCACCUUCUACCCAUCAUGGCAACUUCAUCUGAAGAAGUUUUACUGAUUGUAAAGAAGGUGCGUCAAAAGAAGCAAGAUGGAGCUCUAUACCUCAUGGCAGAAAGAAUUGCUUGGGCACCUGAAGGCAAAGAUAGAUUUACAAUCAGCCAUAUGUAUGCGGAUAUUAAAUGUCAAAAAAUCAGUCCUGAAGGAAAAGCUAAAAUUCAACUUCAGUUGGUCCUGCAUGCAGGGGACACAACUAACUUCCACUUUUCCAAUGAAAACACAGCAGUCAAAGAGCGAGAUGCAGUGAAAGACCUUCUUCAGCAGCUGCUUCCCAAAUUCAAGAGGAAAGCAAAUAAAGAACUUGAAGAGAAAAAUAGAAUGCUACAAGAAGAUCCUGUUUUGUUUCAGCUUUAUAAAGAUCUUGUUGUGAGUCAAGUGAUCAGUGCUGAGGAAUUCUGGGCCAAUCGUUUAAAUGUGAACUCAACAGAGAGUUCUUCCACAUCCAAUCAUAAGCAGGACGUUGGUAUCUCUGCAGCAUUUCUGGCUGAUGUCCGGCCCCAAACAGAUGGAUGUAAUGGUCUGAGAUACAAUUUAACCUCUGAUAUCAUUGAAUCCAUAUUUAGGACCUAUCCGGCAGUAAAAAUGAAAUAUGCAGAAAAUGUUCCCCACAACAUGACAGAAAAGGAAUUCUGGACGCGUUUUUUCCAGUCCCAUUAUUUUCAUAGGGACCGGCUGAAUACAGGGUCAAAGGACCUCUUUGCAGAAUGUGCCAAAAUAGAUGAAAAAGGGCUAAAAGCAAUGGUUUCAUUAGGAGUGAAAAACCCACUACUUGAUUUGACCACUUUGGAAGAUAAACCGUUAGAUGAGGGCUAUGGCAUAUCCUCUGUGCCAUCUACUUCUAAUUCUAAAUCCAUAAAAGAGAAUAGUAAUGCUGCCAUCAUCAAACGAUUUAACCAUCACAGUGCCAUGGUCCUGGCAGCAGGUCUCAGGAAACAAGAAGCACAAAAUGAACAAAAUGGUGAGCCCAGCAGCAUCGAUGGAAAUUCCGGAGAUGUAGACUGCUUUCAGCCAGCAGUCAAAAGGGCGAAGUUACAAGAGUCCAUUGAAUAUGAAGACUUGAGGAAAAAUAAUUCCAUGAAAACGAUUGCACUAAAUCUCAAGAAGUCAGAUAGGUAUUAUCAUGGUCCAACUCCAAUCCAGUCACUACAGUAUGCAACAAGUCAGGACAUUAUUAAUUCUUUUCACGGUAUUAGACAAGAAAUGGAAGCAUAUACACCCAAAUUAACUCAGGUUCUCUCCAGUAGUGCUGCCAGCAGUACCAUCACAGCACUGUCCCCUGGAGGAGCACUUAUGCAGGGAGGGACACAGCAAGCCAUAAACCAAAUGGUGCCAAAUGAUAUUCAGUCUGAAUUGAAACACCUGUAUGUGGCUGUUGGGGAACUUCUACGGCACUUCUGGUCCUGCUUUCCUGUUAAUACACCAUUCCUAGAAGAAAAGGUAGUGAAAAUGAAAAGUAAUUUGGAACGAUUCCAAGUUACAAAGCUCUGCCCAUUCCAAGAAAAAAUUCGAAGACAGUAUUUAAGCACAAAUUUGGUGAGUCACAUAGAAGAGAUGCUCCAGACAGCCUACAACAAGCUCCACACGUGGCAGUCACGACGUCUAAUGAAGAAAACGUGAAGUGUCUGUGGCUCUCACAGGUUUUGUGAGAUCAAGAGAACUGUGACCUGCAGUGACUCUGGAAACUUGGCCUAACAGAAAUGCAGAUGAUCACAUAGAAGUGACAAGAAACAUCUGCACCACGCCAACUCUCGGAGCUGAUGCUAUUGUACUUGCACAUUGUGAACUGAAAGGAAAGGAACUGAUUAAACUAAAAGCUGGGGAGGUAAAUUAAGGCAGAACCAAAAUGACCUAAGUUGCAAAUAUAUAUAUAUAUAUUUUAAAAAGACACUGUUUACUGCAGUUACUCAGGAACUGCUUUUGAUUCACAUUAAGCUGCUUUCAGAAAUU